AUGAUCUACGACCUCAACAUCGCGUGGACCCCUUCCACAACGUCUGAGCGUCUCCUCCAAACUCUUUCUCUCGCACAUUCUCUUGGGUACUCCACAGUUGCCCUCAAUCACACGCUGGAACUUCCGUUCCCCACGAAUCCUACAUCGCCCUUCCCAUCAGGCCUCGAGUCCUCGCCUUCCCGAAAGCUGCCCAAAUUGUUGCACCGGGCUACUCUUCCGCUCGACGAUCCCGCUGCUUCCAACUAUCGCCUACAGUCUCUCGCAAACGUUUACGAUAUUCUCGCUAUCCGGCCGCUGACUGACAAGGCGUUCCAAAAUGCUUGCCUUACUCUCGACAUCCCCAUCAUCUCUCUCGACCUCACCACCCACUUCCCCUUCCACUUUCGCCCCAAACCAUGCAUGGCUGCGGUGAGCCGUGGCGUUCGUUUCGAGAUAUGCUACGCCCAACUCCUUACCGCUGACAACCGCGGACGCGCAAACUUCAUCUCCAAUGCCACCAGCAUAAUUCGCGCCACCCGCGGACGCGGCAUUAUUAUUAGCAGCGAGGCCAAGACAGCACUUAGCCUACGUGGACCGGCGGACGUGGUCAAUCUUUUGAACGUGUGGGGUUUGGCCAACGAAAAAGGCCUCGAGGGUCUGCGAAAUAUUCCUCGAAGCAUCGUUGUUAACGAAGGGAUGAAGAGGAAUGGCUUUCGCGGCGUCAUUAAUGUAGUUCAAGUGGCAUCGAGGGACAGUCGCGACUCCAAUAAAAGUCCUUUGGAGGACAACGAGCAGAGUACUGGCACGGACACUGACCUAGGUGGCAAAAAGGGACAAAAACAAAAACGUAAAAAUGGUGCAGAGGAUGGUCAGUCUAUCAGCAAGAGGCAGGCCAAGAAGAUGAGGCUGGCUGCUCGCUCAGCUGACCCGGAUAAAAAACCAGCGUCAUGA